GAGGUGGGUUCACAGGCGAGAAAGACUCAAAAGUGACCUGGGCUGGAUGGCCUACCUUUAACAUUAUCUUUUGUAAAUGCUACAUAGUUACAACUAAAACUUGCUUGACAUCAACGCGUAGAGGCAUGAGUUGAUUCAUCCACCGUCCAGACAUUUGUGAGCAGGUGACAGAGAUGGCGUCCUCCAAAUUUAAGGGUUCUCACAUGGUCGUCAGCAGCCUGAGGAAGGAGAAUGCCUGUCUGAGGAAGACGCUGGCUGAGAUGUCUCGUCAGCACACAGAACUUUACAAGCUAGUAGAGAGACUGGUCUCUCUUGAAACUUUAAGACUGGAGAACUCUCAGCAUCUGACAGCUGAAGACGAAAAGGCUGCUUCACCACCAGAGCAGCUGAGUAAGAAAGAAGAGAACCAGAUGGACAACCUGUUUAUGAGGCAAAUAUCCGAUUAUGUCAGAGAGACUGAAGAAAUCAAGAAUAAGCUUGUGGCCAUCACAGCUAGGUGUCAGGAUCUCGAGAACAAAGUUGCAGUGAAGAAGGACUCCAAGUCAGAUGAACAGGCCUCCAAGUCCAGUGUAAUAGAGCUUCAAAAUGACCUCAGAGAUGCCUUGGAGAAGAACAAGCAGUGGCUGGAAUAUGACCAGCAGAGAGAGGCCUAUGUAAGGGGAAUUAUGGCCAGAAUGUUAUGGCUGGAGAAGCAGCUGAACGAAGCCAAUCAGGCCCACUCACAGCAGCACAAUGAAGACCAUUCAGAUGAGAAGGAAGCAAUGUGCCAGAUGCAGGAGCACUAUGAGAGACUCUUAAAGAAAGCCACAGAUGAGCUGCAGGUGCUCAGGGAAGAGGUUGAUAUCACCCGCCACAACCUGAUAAUAACCCAAAACUGGUACAAUGAGAGAGAGCUGGAGGUGGAGGAGCUGAAGCAGCAGCUGCAGACUGAAAAAGCGAGCAGAGAAAGUGCACUGGAAGAUCGUCGUUGCUCUGUGGAUGUAGUGGAACAGCUGAGAGAUGAGACCAAAGACCUCCAGCGCAAGCUGGAUGAGGAGAGGCACAGGUCAGCUAAAUUUGAGCUGCAGGGGGAUCUCUUUCAGAGGUUUAUGUUAAAGCGUCACCUUGCAGACAAGGAAAAGAUUGCAGACCUGGAGCGACAGAUCACGAUUUCUUCACAAGACCUUGAGGAUGAGAUGCAGAAUUGUUCAUAUUUAAAGAAGCAAAUGUUCAGAGUCCUGAAGAUGCUGCAAAAAACUGAAGACCAUGUGACAAAGCAGGCAAAGACAGACCAGGAGGAUCACGACUCAAGCGAGGAGACACAACCACCCUCUCAGCUCUCCAGAGACAGCCUGACAUCCGCCACUUGCAGCAGCUUGUUGAAUCAAAGCUUCCUGGAGUGUCCCAGCUGCCAUGCCAUGUAUCCUGCCACUCACUACCGAGAACUGAUGAACCACCUGGAAUUCUGUCUCGACUGAGCUCAGCCUCAGACCACAUAAGUUCUGUAUCCUCUGUAAUAUGGAUUGAUUUUUGAUCUAUAUUGUUUAAUCAGAGUUACAAGUUAUAUUAAUAAACUACAGUGUUCAAUUGC